AUGGCAUCCCGUGAGUACAUUGUGGGGCUAACAAAGGAAGCAGAUUUCCAGUUUCUUAGUGAUGCACUCGAAGCAGCUCAGGACAAUGAUGUUUUGCGGCUUCAGCCCGGCGUCCAUGAGUCCGCAGCGCCCAUCCGAAAAAAUGUAGUUUUAAUCACGGCAAGCGCGCAAAAAGACCGCGAAGCCAAUGCUGAGGAAGAGGAAGACAUCGUCCAAGCGACUCUUAUCGCCCCAUCGAUCGAGGCCAAUGUUGUAUUACGCAACCUUAAGGUCGAGGGGCGUGUGGAUAUUAUGAAAGGGGUGGUGGUCAUUGAUGAGUGCUGUAUCCACGAAGGCGCCGAUGGGAUUCGCGUGGGGGCUGAGUGCCGGCUUAGCCUAAAAAAUAGCCGGGUAAGCCACUGCAGCGUGGGCGGGAUAGGGGUUUACUUUAUGAAAGGUUCCACCGGGGAGGUGGAGAACACCGACGUCUACGAAUGCCGCGUGUACGGAAUCCUCGUCGACGGCGCCGAGGUGGCGUUGCGAAGCAAUCGCAUCCGGGAUUCCGCGUGUGGGAUUUGUUUUCGGCGGCACGCGUCCGGCCUGAUUGAGCAGAAUUCGGUUGAGUACAUCCAGAAUUUUGGCAUUUGCGUGACAGAGAAUAGCAGCCCCGUUGUGCAUUCGAACCGAGUGCAGCACUGCGGGGUGCAGUGCGCGUACGUGUCGAAGGAGUCGGGGGGGGUCUUCACGGAGAACAUCUUUGAAGGGUCUAUUCAUGUGCUCGCCAACUGCAGGACGCGGUUUAUUGAGAAUCGAAUCACGGGCCAAGCGGAUAUUGACACCAGCCUAUUUGCCUCUUGA